AUGGAGAGCAACGGCGAGGAGAGCAAAAAAGUGGAGAGACAAUCAUCAUCCUUCAGGCUCCGAAGCCCAAGCCUAAACGCUCUCCGCCUCCAACGCAUUUUCGACUUAUUCGACAAAAACGGCGACGGUUUCAUCACCAUCGAGGAGCUAAACCAAGCUCUCUCCCGUCUCGGUCUCGACGCCGAUCUCUCCGACCUCAAAUCCACCGUCGAGUCCUACAUCCAGCCUGGAAACACCGCUCUCAACUUCGACGACUUCUCCUCCCUCCACAAGACCCUCGACGACUCCUUCUUCGGCGGAGCGGGAGCGUGCGAUGAGUCCUCUCCGGAGGACGCAGAGGAGUCGGAUCUCGUGGAGGCGUUUAAGGUGUUCGACGAGAACGGCGACGGGUUUAUCUCCGCUAGGGAGUUGCAGGUCGUUUUGAACAAGCUUGGGUUGCCUGAAGGAGGAGAGAUGGAGAGAGUGGAGAAGAUGAUUGACUCCGUUGACCGCAACCAUGAUGGUCGCGUUGACUUUUUCGAGUUCAAGAACAUGAUGCGCACUGUUGUCGUCCCUUCUUGAUUUUUCAUUAAACAAGUUUAUUUUCCGACUUAUUACUUUUUUUUUUCUCUUGUUUUUCAUUUUCUCGAUUGAAUUUAUGCAAUAUCAAAUUUCAGAUAGAUUUUUCAUUUAUCUUAGUAAUGAUCGGAUUCAAACAUAUUUUAUCAGUUGUUAUCAUUGUAUUUUAGUUUAGUAAUGCAUAUCAUACUUGAUUUAUACGCA